UCCAGCCAUCGACUGUUCUUGAUCGACUCCUCUCCAAUCCAUCCCAUGUCGCCUUCCCCUGCGGAAGAAGACGACGCCUGGGGAACCACAGCGUCGUCGUCGUGCUUCGCUGUAGCCUGGCGCGUAUGGAUCCUGUGCCUGCUCCACGUCGUGCUCGCCUUCUCGUCGGUGGCCGUCGCCGCCGCCGUGGUCGUGCUACUCCCAUUCGCGUGCAUGGCCGCUUCCCUCUGCCUCGUCUGCGCGAGCGCGGCGCUGCUCGUCGCGCCUGCGGAUGGAGAAGCCGAGCGCGGCGGCUCCGACAACGACGACGCCUCCUCCGGAGAAGAGGAGGAUCACGAAGGGGAAGCGGAGCUGGAAAUAAGCUAUUUUCAGGAGUGUACUCCUGCUUACGCGGAUGGAGCUCAGUUCACUGAUCCUCGCGGUGAUGAGCAGGGGCAAUUCUUCUGGGUGGAUGCUGGUAGCUACUACUGUUACAAAAAGUUUUAUGAUCUCCUGGCUUUCUGGAGACGCAAGGAGACAGCCGGCUGGAGGUGAAAUUAAGUUCAUUGGACAGGUUCAGGGCAGUAGGAUUAUGAAGUAUCCGCAAAGACUGCAAGUUCUGCUCGUGCCGGGGCGGGGCAUACGAAGAGGAGAUACUGGAAUACGGCGGGGGCUUCAAGACGUUCAUGGGUUCAGGUUCCAGAAUCAUUAUGGGUGUCACAAGUGAUUGACAUUUACUUUGUGUUGAAGCUGUUAUAUGGAGCGAAUAGUUGGGCUAUAUACACUGACCAAACUAUGCAAAUGCAAGUUUAUUUGGGGAUUUCAUGCUUUCUGGAGAAGCAAAGAGGCGACGGAAAAGGAAAUUAAAUCCCAACGCUUAAUGUUUUUUUUUGUAGGAGAACAACGCUGAAUGCAUGAAUAUACUCCGACGCAACACUUCCAUAGCGAUUCAGAACUGUUUGCCAUGGGCUGCAAGGCCAGCCAUACGGCCAUAUAGCCGGCCCCUUUGACGUAAAAGUGACCCGUCCACGACUCAUGGAGCUUACGUUCUUUUUCUUUCUCAUUUCUUAGAUUUACUAGUUGAAUGCCCGUGCGUUACUAUGAUU